AUGUCAUACGAACCAUCAUACGCCGACCGCAGAGAUUACGAGGAUGCGGAGCGUGGAUUCAUAUCAGCGCUGUCCCCAGGCAUCAUCAAAACUUCUCAUGGCAAAGUUGUAUGGAACAUUGACGAGUAUUCGUUUCUCCAUGGAGAAUGUCCCUCGACGGUUCAUCCAAGCCUCUGGAGGCAAGGGCAACUGAAUUCAAAGCAAGGCCUCUUUGAGAUCGCGCCCGGCAUCUACCAGGUCAGAGCUCUAGAUUUGUCAAACAUGACAAUCGUAGAGGGCGAAAAAGGAAUCAUCAUUAUUGAUCCGUUGAUUUCGUGCGAAUGUGCUGCAGCUGGAUUGCAGCUUUACCGGGCCCAUCGCGGCAAUGAACGCUCCGUCACGGGCAUGAUAUACUCCCACUCACAUGGCGAUCACUACAUGGGCGCACAGGGAGUUCUGCCACCAGACCAGGAUAUGUCAAUUCCCAUCAUUGCACCCGAAGGCUUCAUUGAGGCCAUCAUGAGCGAAAGUAUACUUGCGGGUCCGGCCAUGCGGAAGAGAGCUGCUUUCAUGUACGGCAACGCGCUUGAACGCUCGCCUACAGGACAAGUCGGCGUGGGUCUGGGCAUGGGCUCAAGUGUAGGCACGACUUCCUUGAUUCCACCCAGUCUUCUCAUCCAAAAGACGGGAGAAGAGCACGUGGUUGACGGUAUCCGCAUUGUCUUUCAAAUGGUUCCUGGUACAGAGGCUCCAGCCGAGGUCAACUUUCACUUUCCAGAUCUCCGAGCCCUCUGCAUACCCGAGACAGCGACCAAUUGCAUGCACAAUAUCGUGACGCUUCGGGGAGCUCAGGUUCGAGAUGCAAAAGCAUGGUCCGGAUAUCUCGACGAAGCGAUCGUCUUGUUUGGGUACGACUCGGACGUGGUGUUUGGAAGCCAUAACUGGCCGACGUGGGGUCAAGCUGAUCUCAUACAACGUUUGACGGAACAAAGAGACAUGUAUGGAUACUUACAUGACCAGACCGUUCGUAUGAUGAAUCUUGGCAUGACUGGCCUCGAGAUAGCAGAACAAAUCAGACUACCGCCAGCCAUUUCUCGCGCAUGGCAUUGUCAAGGUUACUAUGGAUCAGUGAGCCACAACGUCAAGGGCAUAUAUCAAAGAUACAUGACUUGGUUUGAUGGACAUCCAGCCCAUUUGUGGCAGUACCCAGCGGCAGAAGAGGGCAAGAGGUAUGUCGAAUGCAUGGGAGGCACUGAUAAUCUCUGCGACAAAGCCGAGGACUUCAUCCAGAAAGGCGACAGUCGAUUCGCAGCGACUCUCCUCGCACAUGCCGUAUCGGCGUAUCCGGAUGACCCCAGCCCACGAGCGAGAGUUCUCCUCGCAUCGGCCUAUGAGAACCUAGGAUUCGGUUCUGAGAACGCCACUUGGCGGAACUUCUAUCUUACUGGGGCUCAAGAGCUGAGGACCGGCAAGAAGGCUGGCAUGGUUGCUGGCGGACGAACACCAUUGGGCCCAAAUCUGUCCGUUGCCCAAUGGUUCGAGAUCAUGUCUGUACAAAUUGACGGUGAAAGAGCCGCGGAGAUGAACUUCUCGAUUGAUUUGGAAGUUACGGACGUCAUGGAGACAUGGAGGUUGAUUGUCAGUAAUGGCGUAUUAACACAUCGAACGCUGUUAUGGCAAACUCCGGCGCCAGGUACAGGCAAGGCAGACUUGAGAUUGAAGCUAGGCAAACACGAUCUCUUAGAGGUUUUGCGUGGUAAAAGUUUGGAUAGCAUCGAUCAAGACGGAGAUACGGAAGUGUUUACUCGGUUGUUGGAUCUGAUUGCCGUCAAGCAAGAAUCGUCGAGAGGGCCGAGCCAACUAUGA